AAAAAUCCAACGAAUCAUUUUUCCAAAUUAAAUACAAAUUCACCACUUGCUUUACAUUAGUGGUGCAGCUGCUCUGCCACGCGGCGGCAAUAAUUUUAUAGAUCUUUUAUUUAGAUCCUUACAAAUACAGCAAUUGAAGGUCAAAUCCAAUUAUCCCUUCCACUGUCUCUGCCCUUUCUAGUAACUCUGUUCCUGUCUUCCCCUGUCCCUGUUCCUCUAGAUGGCAAAAAAACAGAGCUACUUGAAGAUGAUGACUGAAUCUGAUGCCGCCGAUUUGAUCAGCAGCGAUUUCAAAGAGCUCGGCGCUGCUGCUAAGAAGCUCGCCGGCCACGCCGUCCGCCUCGGCAGCUUGGGAUUCGGAACUGCUUUUCUCAAAUGGGUUGCUUCGUUUGCUGCAAUCUAUCUGUUGAUCUUGGAUCGAACAAACUGGAAAUCGAACAUUCUUACAGGGCUAUUGAUCCCCUACAUUUUCUUUACCCUUCCUUCAAUAUUGUUCAACAUCUUCAGGGGAGAGAUUGGAAAAUGGAUUGCUCUCGUUGGUGUUGUCUUACGGCUUUUCUUCCCUAAACGUUUCCCAGAGUGGCUGGAAUUGCCCGCAGCGUUGAUUCUUCUUAUAGUGGUUGCUCCUAGUUUAUUUGCGAACACUCUGAGAGGCGACUGGAUUGGUGUUGUAAUAUGCCUUCUCAUCGCCGGUUAUUUGCUGCAAGAACACAUCCGGGCAGCUGGUGGGUUCAGAGACGCUUUCACCAAAGCUGGUGGAAUAUCGAACACUGUUGGCAUAAUCAUUCUGUUCGUCUACCCUGUUUGGGCCAUUGUACUUUAUAUCUUAUAGAGACUUUCACUGCCAUGCUUGCCAUCAUGCUUCAUUUGGAGUGUUUUUGCGUUUCUACAUUUUCUGAAGUUCCUUUUUGUGUCGUUAAUUCAUGUAUUCAUACCUUCGUUGUAUUUGCGUGCAUGUCGUAUUGUUUGUAAUCAUGAAAAUGUGAGCUGAAACCUUGUUGAAGAUGCGGUUCAUCUUUCUUACUUCUUGUGUUUGCGUGCAUGUAAUUCAUACAUUCAUAAUGUCCAAUGUCUCUUCCCAGUGUGUUCA